AUGAAAGAUCUCAGCGGUGACACCGUUUCGCCCGGAGUUUAUUUAUCAUCGCAUUAUGUACGUCCUAACGAUGUUGAUAACCACGAUGACGAUCACGAUGUUGAUAACCACGAUGACGAUAACGAUGUUGAUAAUCACGCUGACGAUAACGAUGUUGAUAACCACGAUGACAAUCACGAUGUUGAUAACCACGAUGACGAUCACGAUAUUGAUAGCCACGAUGACGAUAACGAUGUUGAUAACCACGAUGACGAUAACAAUGUUCAUAGCCACGAUGACGAUAACGAUGUUGAUAACGACGAUGACGAUAACGAUGUUGAUAACCACGAUGACGAUAACUAUGUUGAUAACCACGAUGACUAUAACGAUAUUGAUAGCCACGAUGACGAUAACGAUGUUGAUAACGACGAUGACGAUAACGAUGUUGAUAAUCACGAUGACGAUAACUAUGUUGAUAACCACGAUGACUAUAACGAUGUUGAUAACCACGAUGACGAUCACGAUAUUGAUAGCCACGAUGACGAUAACGAUAUUGAUAGCCACGAUGACGAUAACGAUAUUGAUAAUCGCGAUGACGAUAACGAUGUUGAUAACGACGAUGACGAUAACGAUGUUGAUAACCAUGACGACGAUGACGCUGUUGAUAACCACGAUGACGAUAACGAUGUUGAUAACGACGAUGACGAUAACGAUGUUGAUAACCACGAUGACGAUAACGAUGUUGAUGGCGAGGCAAAACAACAACGUGAUUCGAAUUGUCCUCUAGCUUUUGCGCCGCUUCGUUGGAAAGUUUGCAAAGGCGCGAAAAUUCGUACAGGAUGUGCGUAA